CAGCCUAGACAAGACCUCUUCUUCUAUAUUUAUCUAUCUGCAAUUUCUUCAUACCUGAACCUAUUUCUGUGUUCUGCUGAAAUCUUAGUCCUUCUCUCUUCCAUCAAAAUGGGUUUAGCUAUGAGCUACCUGGGAAAAGGGAUGCCAUCAGCAAAGAUGUUGGGGAUGGUAACAGAUACACUCUACAAGCAGUUUAUUGAAAAACCUAUUGGAACUUUUGAGGAAUUCCAUGUUGCUGUUCUUGACAUUUUCAACUCCUUCAACUCAGCUUUACCUGGUAGGCAUUAUGAUGUUCCAGCAAGAGAAGAUGUGGAGGCAUCUUAUGAGAACUGGAAAGCUGAGAGUGAUCCAAUAAAGAAGAAGGAAGUGUUCAUGGAUUUGAUGAACAACAAAAUGAGCACUAGCAAGCUAGAUAACACUACCAUGGUCGUCGGAUUGGUGACACCACCAGCUGCCAUGGCUGUGAAGAGAGUUGGCGAGACUAUCCCACAGAUUAAAGUCAUCAAAGCCAUUCCUGAUGUCAUCUUUGUUCCAUCUGCCACCUUAUUGGCACUAAUCUCAGUUAGGCUCUCCAGGAGGACAUCUAUAAAGAAAGCCAUAGCCAAUUGAUGAUGAUCUCAGUUAUCUACAACAAGAGGCAACUAGAAAUUCUGAUCAUUGCAUUAUAAUCUCAAAAUCAUAAUCUCUCUCUCUCUCUCUCUCUCUCUCUCUCUGUCUCUCUCUAAAACAUUUUCAAUAUAUCAAAGAAUGUAUAUAUUCUACCCAAGAGAUUAAGGUAAUGCGAAGAAAUGAUCACAUAACCAUGUAACACAGAAAAGAAUUACAUAAUGGAUUGGAAUUGGAGAGACUAUUUAUCAAAAA